GGGCGAGCGAGAGAGCUACCCGGCAGCAGGCGGGCGGGUGGCCGGCCGGCACGGAGGGAGGGAACGAGCAAGCGGUGAGCAAGCCAGCGAGGGCGCCCGGGUCCCGAGGGCAGCGGAGAUUCCUCAGGCCCCUCCGGUGCCCUCCCCGGAGCCCACAGCACCUCCGGCACCCAGCGGAGCGGACGCGGUCCAGCCCGGCCAUGGCCUCGUUGCUGAAGGUGGAUCAGGAAGUGAAGCUCAAGGUUGAUUCUUUCAGGGAGCGGAUCACAAGUGAGGCAGAAGACUUGGUGGCAAAUUUUUUCCCAAAGAAGUUAUUAGAACUUGAUAGUUUUUUGAAGGAACCAAUUCUAAAUAUCCAUGACCUAACUCAGAUCCACUCAGACAUGAAUCUCCCAGUCCCUGACCCCAUUCUCCUCACCAAUAGCCACGAUGGACUGGAUGGUCCCACUUACAAGAAGCGCAGGUUGGAUGAAUGUGAAGAGGCCUUCCAAGGAACCAAGGUGUUUGUGAUGCCCAACGGGAUGUUGAAAAGCAACCAGCAGCUUGUGGACAUUAUUGAGAAAGUAAAACCUGAGAUUCGGCUGCUGAUCGAGAAAUGUAACACGGUCAAAAUGUGGGUUCAGCUCUUGAUUCCCAGGAUAGAAGAUGGGAACAACUUCGGGGUGUCGAUUCAGGAGGAAACAGUUGCAGAGCUAAGAACUGUCGAGAGUGAAGCUGCGUCUUAUCUGGACCAGAUUUCUAGAUAUUAUAUUACAAGAGCCAAAUUGGUUUCUAAAAUAGCUAAAUACCCCCAUGUGGAGGACUAUCGCCGCACUGUCACAGAGAUCGAUGAGAAAGAGUACAUCAGCCUCCGCCUCAUCAUCUCAGAGCUGAGGAAUCAGUAUGUCACGCUCCAUGACAUGAUCCUGAAAAACAUUGAGAAGAUCAAACGGCCCCGAAGCAGCAAUGCAGAGACACUGUACUGAGGCCAGGGCCAGGGCCGGGGGACUUUGUGAGUCUGGCUCAAGACCGACAUUGCCUUGGUUUGUUAUAUGACUAUCGUGAUGGGGAAACUGGCUGGAAAUAGUAAUCACACCUCUCUGUUUUUAGUUAGAGUCUAAUGAAACUCUCAUCUAGUUCUGUGACGUGUUUACCUCUUUUUUCAGGCCUCAGGAACUCUUCUAUCUCCUUCCCCAACACCCCCACCCAACCUGUCCUAAUUUCUGGAGAACUCCAGGUUUGUGCAGCAUACUGGCACAAGAAUAAUUGUGGGUUUUUGUUUUUUUCUCCCCCCUCUUUCCCGUUCUAGGUUUUGUGUUUUCUUCCUUUUGAUGAUUAGUUGGCUAAAAGCUGGAGGAACUAUAGGGAAAGUGUUAGGUGUCUUUUAGGAACAGGGGAGUGGAUGUGGAAGGGACAUCUCUUUUAUCACAAGGCUAGUGUCUCUUGUUUCUGUGGGACUUUGGUCCUUCCUGUCUGUCCUGGUGAGCCUUAGGGUUUUCCUGCAUCCAUCCCACCUGGAGCCUGGCCAUGAUGAGGGAAACCUUAGGCCUUCAGCUACAUCCCUACAGCUUCUUGGAUGUUUUUAUAACUGGGGUUUUCACAUACACUUGUGGACACAUGUACAUACGCAUAGGGACAUGUAUACAUGCUUCCUGCUCCAUUAUAGAACAUACCUUACUUCUUGUACCACACCCCCUCAAGCCCCUGUCACAUACAACACCUCAGCAGGUGAUAGUUGUCUUAGUCAUCCACCCAGGCAAAAAUCCCAGGCCCACCCUCUCCUGAUAAUGUAGCCACUGGUGCCAGGGUAAGUUGAAGGAGAACAGGAGCCGAGCAGCAGAGGCUCGUGGAGGCCUCCCUCUGCGACUCAGGUUCUUUUUGGUGUUAUGCAAAAGCUGGUCCUCUAGCCCCCACUUGCCCUUCUCCUGGGCUAGCGUGUUCGCUGGCUAGGGAGCGUGUGAGGCCCAGAGGCUGCUGCUCCUCGCUAUGCUUUCCCUUUGGGAAAUGUUUCUCGUAUUUAUAGUAUUGUGCUUCCAGGGAAAGCAGUAAUUCAUGUGUAUAUGUGUGUGUGUACACAUACACACGUGCACAUGUGUGUGUGUGUGUGUGUGUGUGUGUGUGUGUGUGUGUGUGUGUGUUCGCGUGUGUGUAUAAAUAUGCUGCGAAGGUCAAACCCAUAGAAGAGUUGCCUCCUCUUGAAUCUUCCAGAGAUAUCACUUGUUACAGCAUUUGGAUUAACCCCACCAGCCCCCAGCUUUUUAAGUGAGAGUUGGUCUCUGCAGUUAGCCUGCCAGUGACUCAGUGUCUAUUUGACUUUACUCCUCUCCGUCUUCCAAUUCCCAGUCAUUUUCCAUCUGGGUGCAUCACUUUCACUCCCAGCGUUCUAUAGAGCAGGAGUUGGGAUGCUCUCUUCCCAUGAGUAGUGCUCAGUAACAAACCAACUGCAUUUUCAUUGGGCAGUACGCCUACCCACCCUCAGAUCCCUUCCAGCCGAACCCCUUCCUGCCCACCAUGUGUUUCUCAGUUUUCCUUUUUGUUUGAUUGUUCCUCUGCCCCUCCCUCCUUGGAUUGUAAUGUAAAAUUCUUUUACCAUGUCAAGAAAUUAUUAAAAAUACAGGUACUUUGACCUCUUUCUAAA